AUGGCUUCCACAUCCACCAAUUUAUCUCUAUCCCCAUCUCUCAAACAACCCAUUCCCCUCUCCUCUCUUCAAAAUCCUAACUUUCUUCACCCCCACUCCUUAUUCUCCCACCCCACCAACCAUUUCCCAAAAAUUUCUUCACUUUCUACAUCUCUUAGGUCACCAAUAUGCGCUAGUUCAUCCCAACUCAUGGACCCCUUUUCAGCAAAAACCCAACCCGGAACUCCCACCACUGUCAACGUUGAUUUGGGUGAUCGGAGCUACCCCAUUUAUAUAGGAUCCGGGUUGCUCAAUAAACCCGAGCUUCUCCAGAGGCAUGUCCAUGGAAAGAAGGUCCUUAUUGUCACUAACACUACGGUUGCACCUUUGUAUCUAGACAAGGUUGUUGAGGCUUUAACAAAUGGAAACCCAAAUGUUUCUGUUGAGAGUGUAAUUUUACCUGACGGUGAGCAGUACAAGGACAUGGAUACUCUUAUGAAAGUGUUUGACAAGGCCAUUGAGUCUCGAUUGGACCGGCGAUGUACUUUUGUUGCUCUUGGAGGUGGUGUGAUCGGCGACAUGUGUGGCUUUGCUGCUGCCGCGUUCCUAAGGGGUGUUAAUUUUAUUCAGAUUCCAACUACUGUUAUGGCACAGGUUGAUUCAUCAGUUGGUGGCAAAACUGGGAUAAAUCAUCCCCUUGGGAAGAAUCUGAUUGGUGCUUUUUACCAACCUCAAUGUGUGCUUAUAGACACGGACACGUUAAAUACGUUACCAGAGAGGGAACUAGCAUCAGGAUUUGCAGAGGUUAUAAAGUAUGGGCUCAUUAGGGAUGCGGAAUUUUUUGAGUGGCAAGAGAAAAAUAUGCAGGCAUUGAUGGCUAGAGAUCCUAAUGCCCUGGCAUAUGCUAUAAAGCGAUCGUGUGAAAACAAGGCUGAGGUUGUGUCCUUGGAUGAGAGAGAAGGUGGAAUCAGAGCAACAUUGAACUUGGGUCAUACAUUUGGUCAUGCAAUAGAAACAAGUGUUGGCUAUGGGAAGUGGCUUCAUGGAGAGGCUGUUGCUGCUGGCACGGUAAUGGCUGUUGACAUGUCAUAUCGCCUUGGAUGGAUUGAUGAUUCUAUUGUGAAGCGAGUCAACGACAUUUUGAAACAGGCCAAGUUACCUAUUGUGCCUCCUGAAAUUGUGACUGUGGACAUGUUUAAAUCUGUAAUGGCGGUUGAUAAGAAGGUAGCAGAUGGACUGCUGAGACUUAUCCUUCUAAAGGGUUCUCUAGGAAGUUGUGUUUUCACAGGGGAUUAUGACAGAAAGGCUCUAGAUGACACACUUCAUGCAUUCUGUAAAUCUUGA